UAUAGGAAGGAGAUAGACGUGUUGUUUGUUAAUAGAUUUGAUCUCUCUCUCUCUCUCUCUCUCUCUCUCUCUCUCUCUCUCUCCUCCGUGGAAACAACAAGCGAAAGGAUAAAAGAAGAUGGAUUCCAGCAGAGGUCAAGGUGGUAUCCAGCAGUUGCUUGCUGCUGAGCAAGAAGCUCAACACAUUGUCAAUGCUGCAAGAACCGCAAAAAUGGCAAGACUGAAGCAAGCCAAGGAAGAGGCUGAGAAAGAGAUUGCCGAAUACAAAGCUAAAACAGAACAAGACUUCCAGAGGAAACUCGAGGAGACUAGUGGAGACUCUGGUGCGAAUGUGAAGAGGCUGGAGCAAGAGACUGAUACCAAAAUCGAGGAGUUGAAGAACGAAGCAUCCAGGAUUUCCAAAGAUGUUGUGGAAAUGCUUCUCAAACACGUCACUACUGUGAAGAACUGAUGAGAUUUAUAUAAUAACCCAAGUAUAAAAAAUGGUUUGUGUAUGAUGGUGAAAAAAGUGGGAGUCAAUUUUUGAGUAUCUGCUCUUCUCUCUCUCUCUCUCUCUACCUCUCUUGUGGUGUUCCAGAGACACAUCUCAUAUGAAUAUUGCUAUUUAUUCUCUCUUUCUCUGUGUACUCCUCCUCGUUUGUAUUCAUACAUACAUCUGUAAUAAGCUGAGAGAGCAGAGGAACUCAUUGGAUUAUUUAUUUUCUUAUUAUUA